UAAUCAGAAAAGCCCCAACUGACAGUUGAACACCAGCUGAGUAUUCAUUUGACAUUUCAUAUCGCAUGCAUUUCUUCCGUUUGUGCAGAUUGUUUAGAAAAUCGCGUUUUUAAUUCUUAAAUUUCUCAAAUGGCUACUCGUGGUGCAAUACUUUUAGGGCAAUGCAUGCCUUGCAUUAAAAAAAACGCUUCCAAAAUACGCAUACGACGCAUGGAAUUCGAUAAGAAUCUGAACAUGUAUUUCAAAAAAGAUGAAUUCUUUUUUGCUCACGAUCCUGAAAAAGUGUGUAAAACAGGCGAUGUCGUGCUAAUAAGUGAGCUGCCGCAACGUCUGACCCGCCUAAUCUCGCACAAAGUGGAAAAAGUUGUAUAUCCAUUGGGUGACAUAACAGAUCCACUGUCUGGAAAGAAAGUUGUUGUCGGAAAAUACCGCGAUGAGAUUGAGGAAGCGAAUCGGUUGUAUGGUAAAUCUGAGAAGGCCUUCGACUAUGAGAAAGCGCCGCCGCGUGGACGAUUGGAGGGCACCAGAGACUUUACGCAUGGCGAAACCUAUAUUAAGUACCAUGAAGAUGGCAAGGAACAACCUUUUGCUGUUUAGUUCAUUAGUGUGACUCUUUUAAGAUAAAAAAUAUAAGUUGGAAAGUUCAAAUUUA